UUUUUCCCUGGCUCCUCAUGGCAUGCUGAGUUUGGGAGUGCAGGAGGGAGAUGUCUUAAAAACACUGUCAGGCGAUAAGACUCAGAGAGACAGAGCAGUGCAGCCCAGUCAACGCAAGCAUCCUCAGUGCAUCCCGUGGACCCUCAGGUUUGGACCUGCCAAGAUAAAGAUGCUGAUGUCAAACCUGGUGCUGCUGGGGGUGGUGUUUGCCAAAUGGGCCGAGCCGUACAUUACCCAAAACCGAGAUGCAGAACAAGACCCAUAUGAGCCCAGAGAUAGUCAGAGAUCCACAGAAUACUACAGAGAUGGAAGUGGAACAGAGUGCAGGCGAUGCUGUGACCCUGCAGAGGAGCCCCCUCAGUAUGCCAGUCCACAUUACCAGAUUGUGCCACAGAUAAACAUCACCAUUCUGAAAGGGGAAAAGGGAGACGCUGGUGGGCGAGGGCCCUAUGGGAAAUCGGGCAAGUCAGGGCAAACCGGACCCCGAGGGCCCCAUGGCGUGAAGGGAACCAAGGGCAGCAUCGGUUCCCCUGGAGAAGCCUGUAAGUCCUACUACGCUGCCUUUUCCGUGGGCCGCAAGAAGGCCCUGCACAGUAACGAUUACUACCAGGCCAUGAUCUUUGACACAGAGUUCGUCAACCUGUACGGCCACUUCAACAUGUUCACGGGCAAGUUCUUCUGCUACGUCCCCGGCAUCUAUUUCUUCAGCCUAAACGCGCACACCUGGAACCAGAAGGAAACGUACCUGCACGUGAUGAAGAACGAGCAGGAGAUGGCCAUCCUGUACGCGCAGCCCAGCGAUCGCUCCAUCAUGCAGAGCCAGAGCCUCAUGCUGGAGCUGGAGAGGGACGAUCAGGUGUGGGUCCGGCUCUAUAAGGGCGAGAGAGAGAACGCUGUGUUCAGUGAUGACUUUGACACCUACAUCACGUUUAGUGGUCACCUUAUCAAAGCUAAGUCAGAAGGUUGAGCAGAGCAAA